CGUUAGGAGUUCCCUCGCUUACACCGUGAAAACGACGCCCCUCUACUCUCCUCCUAGCCCUUCCCGACCGUGAGCCAUCCCUGCCGGCUUGUGCCUGUCUGCUGUGGCAGAGGAGCGGCGCUCUGGGGCGGUGGCGGCGUCCAGUUUCCUGCUAUUUCAAUGAUCAGAAAUUCGGAUUGAAGCUUGACACCCGGACCUGACAGGGCAGGACUGCCAUCCAUUUCUAUGACAACAGAGAAGGCUUUGGCUGGGGAACUGAAGAGCGCAAUGGAGGGUGACGCCAGGAGAACCAAUCAGGUUCCAGAGGACCACGGGGAAGCGGAUGAUAGCUCGGAGAAGACCCCCAGUAAAGCCUCCAAAUCGCCCCAGAAAACCAACAAGCGGCCCAAGACUGUCCCAGUCAAAGUCACACUACUAGACGGUUCAGACUAUGAGGCUGCAGUUGAGAAAUUUGCCAAGGGCCAGACCCUGCUGGACAUGGUGUGUGGCCAUCUGAACCUGCUGGAGAGGGACUACUUUGGCCUGUCUUUCCAGGACACGGACAACUCCAAGAAUUGGUUGGAUCCCUCCAAAGAGAUUAAGAAGCAAAUUCGGGUUGGUUCUUGGACCUUCGGAUUUUCUGUCAAGUUCUACCCUCCAGACCCGUCCGUGCUCAUUGAAGAUAUCACCAGGUACUACCUGUGCCUGCAGCUGAGGGACGAUAUCCUUUCCGGUCGUCUGCCCUGCUCGUUUGUCACCCACGCCCUUCUGGGCUCCUACACUGUCCAGGCUGAACUGGGAGACUAUGAACCUGAGGAACAUGGCCCAGACUACGUCAGUGACUUCCGUUUUGCGCCCAACCAGACACGUGAGCUGGAGGAGAGAGUGAUGGAGCUGCACCAUAACUACAGGGGAAUGAGUCCAGCAGAUGCAGAGGUGAACUUUCUAGAAAAUGCCAAGAAGCUCUCAAUGUAUGGAGUUGACCUGCAUCAUGCUAAGGAUUCAGAAGGAAUUGACAUAAUGCUUGGCGUGAGCGCCAACGGUCUGCUCAUCUACAGAGACCGUCUAAGGAUCAACCGGUUCGCCUGGCCAAAAAUCCUCAAGAUCUCGUAUAAGAGAAGCAACUUCUACAUCAAGAUCCGCCCAGGAGAGUAUGAACAGUUUGAGAGCACCAUAGGCUUCAAGCUGCCCAAUCACCGGGCCUCGAAGCGAUUGUGGAAGGUCUGCAUUGAGCACCACACCUUCUUCAGGUUGGUUUCCCCAGAGCCACCUCCCAAGGGCUUCCUGGUGAUUGGCUCCAAGUUCCGCUACAGUGGGCGGACCCAAGCCCAGACCAGACAGGCCAGUGCCCUGAUUGACAGGCCUGCCCCACAGUUCGACCGGUCCGUUAGCAAGAGGUACUUGCUGCCCCGAAGCAUUGAUGGAGCCUCAGCUCUAGGUGACAGUAUGGACCAGUUGUCCCAGCGAAGCUCCAGUGAACGCACACAGUUCAUGUCCAGAGAAGACCUUGACCAAGAGGGUAGCCUGGACCUGGACCACGAUCAGUACCCCUAUCAUGACCAAGACCAGGAUGAGUACACAGAUCAGGAGCUGGAGCAGCAUGAAAGUCAGGACCACGAUCACGUUCAGAAGCAUACUCAGGGUGCCAACAUCUCAACACCCACCAAGACCUUGGAGCUCAAGGAUCUGGCCACCCGUCGGCCCAAACAGGAGCAGUUCUUGGAUAAGCCAGAAGAUGUUCUACAAAAGCACCAGGCCAGCAUCAAUGAGCUGAAGAGGGCUUUGAGGCAGCCUAACAGCAAGAUGGCUCAGAGGGAGAAACGCCUCUCAUCAGCUACUCCUCCUGGAGGAACCCCCGAGCGGAAACCAGCGACUGGCGAUGCCAAAUUGAUUGACAAGCAGGAUGCUAAUGAAGGAGCGCUGGAUACUUACUCUCAGUUGGAAAAUAGUAAGACCUCCUCUAUGGGUAGAGACACAUUCUCUGUCACACCUUGGACUGAAGCAAAUAUAAACAAUUGUCAAACACCCAGGGACUCUUUUAAAACCAGACCUGGAACAUCUCCGAAACAGGAAGCAAACCUUACAGCAACAGUGCUAACGGGUAUGAACCUUAUGGACAAUAAAGUAGCAACUAAUGGGCAUCAUGACUCUGUACUAGCGAGGAAUGGCAUUCAAGAAAAUGGAUACGGAUCUCCACCUGACAAACAGAGGAGUACGAUGAUCAACAGGGACGUGAGGCAAUGUCAGUAUGAGCACAGCAUUCAUCGAGAGAGACCAAAGAACUUUGAAAUUCCGGUGGCUGUGGAUUCUCUCCCAAAGGGCAAGGCGGGCAGAACUGAGAGUGACGCGAGGCAUUGUGAGACUUGGAAAAUAAAAGACCCAAGCCCCACUGGGGCAAAAGAUUUCAACGAAACAGGGAACUCACACUCAGAAACCACCAAAAUAGUUCCUCUCAAGCCUCAGAGAUCAAAGAAGUCUUUGACUAAAGAGAACAAAGAUCUUGUAAACCCUCAAACGCAAAGCCAGUCUGAUAGAGGCUUCUUUGUUGCGACUGGGGAUGUACAGAUGACAAUAUCAAAAGGCGGAUCCUGUGAGGCAGGAAGGAGAGUGGGUGAUAAUACCGUACUGCACUCUGCCACAGAUGUUGUCAAGGAAAACACAGGGGCCACCAGAUACCCCAGUGAAGCUGCAGUGUCAUAUCAGCAGCAAACUCUACUGCUACAUCAACAGAUUAAGACGGAGUUGUUUGGACAACAGGAGCUCAGAGACUGCAGAACUACGACAGGACAAAAUCAGUGGACAAGAGGAGGCGUGCUACACGAAGAGUUUAAAGAGAGUCUCCUAGCCAGCUCCAAAUUUCCAGCAGCUCCCCCCCGAACUCUUCCUCUGAAAACGCAGUGGUCCCGAGACAGACAGAGCAACUUGGACAGCAGCCACAUCCACUACAGGACGUCCAGCCAAGAAACAGCCAAGAGGAAGCAAGCGGAGACACCUCCCACACCGGCUAUUCAUGAGGAGCCUUUCAACGAAGCUUCAAGGGAACCAUGGGAGAGACGUCUGGGCUCCGUCUCAGAGGAUGACCAGGACCACGAGAUCCUGUACCUGAAGGAAACCCACCUAGGCAUCGAGCGCAAAUGUUCCAGCAUCACGGUGAGCUCCACGUCCAGCUUGGAGGCCGAAGUAGAUUUCACCGUCCUCACGGACCUGCACACAGGCAUGGAGGAGUUCUCCAGGGGCAUGUCAGAGCUAGGAGACAGGGAUCUGUCACCUGACGGGGGUCUGUGCUUUGGCAUCGACUUGCUCCAGCAACAGGGUCCCUCUGAACUGCCUCCUCCAUUAGUGUCAGCUCCUCUGUCCAGAGGAGCCAGCAGCAGCAGCCCUCCAGCCAAACAUAUCCAGCCGGAAGAAGUCCGACCAGAAGUCAAACGGUCUGACGUGCAGCCUGUAGUACCCAAAAAACCAAAGAGGUCGGUGCCAGUGUCCUCGUCAGUGGACAGAGAACAGUCGCACAGAGAAGCCAGUCGCGUGUCGGCCGUCAGACCACUGAGCAGGGAGGCCAGUGACGUCACGCCCACACCGACAGUGAGGAAGACGGAUGUCAGGACUGAAACCCAGCCCAACGGGUCAGAGGUCACCACAACCAUCGUGGAGUUCACAGAUCAGGAUCAGAGUAUCACUGGCCUAAGUGAAGUUUCUUACUCUACGAGACAGAGCGUAUCCCCUGUGCAUGUGAGUGGUCUUGGAAGAGAGGCGUCUGGGUCGCCCAUCCUCGUCACUGAAAAUGUUACCUCGGCAACCACUCAUGUCACCAAGACAGUGAAAGGAGGAUAUUCCGAGACUAGGAUCGAGAAGAGGAUCAUAAUCACAGGAGACGAUGAUGUAGACCAAGAACAGGCUCUGGCUAUUGCAAUACAGGAAGCCAAGCAGCAGCAUCCAGAUAUGCAGGUGACCAAGGCAGUUGUUGUCAGGGAAACAGAAUCGUCCACCGAGGAUCGACACGGUGCAUCAGAGUCCUGAUUUCCUGAGACGAGAGUGCCCCCCUUUGGUACAGAAGUGUCAGUGCCCGACCUGAAAUUGCCACCCAUCAUCCCUACUGAUAGACUACUGCCAGUGGCGCUCAAAUGCGAGCCUCUUGUACACAUCCUCACACAACAACACACACACAUACACACACACACACACACACACACACACACACACACACACACACACAAAGCUGAAACAAGACUCCUUGUAAAAUCUUAAAUUUUAUGUUUCGUGUUUAUGUUUUUACUUAGACAUUUCACUAUUGAAACCAUUCACGUUCAGCAAAUGGUUUGGUGGUCAUGUGGCAAAAAAAAAAAAAAAAGCAUUAUUCAGUAUAAUUCAAAGUCCUAGUGCUGGUGGACAAUACGCCACCAGAAUCUCAAACAUAUGGAACAAUUAUAGAGAUAAUCCAACUAAAUUGCCUGCCUCUCAGGGCCUCUAUAUUCAGACCACUUGCUUAAGUAUUCCUCAAAGGUCAUAGGGAAUUAGUGCAGAAGGGGUUUGUUUGGAUAAUCUGUGCACUCAUUCACACUGUGGAAUAAUCCAAGGUCACGUGCCAUGUUGGUACCCAUCCCAUGCAGAUAGUAUCAUUUGGAAAAAAGGAAUAUGGUCAUGCACAUACAGUAGUCUUCUAUACGUCUGUCCUGCUGUACUGAAUACCAAGAUAUCACCCGUUUCCUACUGUGUGUGCUGAAAAAAAAACCUGCUGAAAAAAAAUAAGACUGUGUGUGCUUACACUUUGUUAAUAAGUAAAAUAAUCCAUUACAUGUAGUUACUGUUACAGCAUCCAGUGAAGCAGGGUUUUGUAAGAACAGGGCAAACCCUACUUUUAGUUUUGCGCUCUUGCAUAGCUAGUCAGAUGAACAAAUGAGCUUUGUCCCACCCCCCAUCUCACUGACUGAUGAGGAUGCACAGAGUAGAACGGAUCAUAUAGAGUCCAGCAAGGUCUGGUGGUGUUUAUUCAACUGUUUGUGAAGGACCAAAGUCUGAGCUAGUCAGCUAACGAAUACUUCCCCUCUAUCUGUCUCGCCUGAUAAGAGUAAUUUACCAUCAUGUGUGGGUGGCAUGUAUUCAAGGAUAUGAUUCCAGUUGCUGCAUCAUGAUGGACUUUGAUUGGACUGUUUGAGAACUUCUGUGUACGUGUCUGGAGCUGUUAAUACACCCAGUGUACCUGUUGUAUCUAUUCCAAUGGUGGCGAUAUAGUUUCUGAGCAUGCUAAUGUUCCAGAAUGAGCCCAGUUUCUCUCCUUUCCCAGCCUUUAGAUAUGCUUUCAGAAUUCAGCUGGAUAUGAUACCACUUUUGUGUAGUAAGUACAUAGAGUAGGCUCACGCAACGGGCUGCUGCAUCAGUAAAACUAGUACUUGAGAUAACAUUUGCAUGAGCAUUUCUUGCAUUAUUGGAUUGUAGUUGAGAUAUAAAGGAUAUUACCUCAUUAGAAGGAUGUAUCAUGAUAUCCAGGAUCAUGAAAGAUAACACUGUGAAAAGUUACAAAAAUGUAAAAGCCUAAUUGUCCACAAUCGGAAGUCAAAUCUGAGCUCUGACGUGUAAAAAAACAAACAAAAAAAAAAACAAAAAAAACAAACAAAGGAAAUGAAAAGCAUUUAUUA